AUGAUGGCUCAGCUCCUGCUCGUUCUCCUAUCAGUAUGCCUCGGUAUCAAUGCCUUUGUGCGUGUUCCCAUGCACAAAACCACUUAUGAACGAAAUUCGUACAAGAUAAACUCAAUUGCUGAAUAUCUGAAGCAGAAGUACAUCAAGGGUUACACUUUCGACUCGAACCUUGCCUACAAUGAGGGUCUUUCUGACUAUUCAAACGCCCAGUACUACGGUACCGUGCAGAUUGGAACCCCUCCUCAGACAUUCCAACUGCUUUUCGAUACUGGAUCCUCCAAUCUGUGGGUGCCGUGCAAAGGCUGCAAGGCUUCCGAUCUAGCUUGCGAUUUCCAUCAGAAG